AUGAACCUGGAUACAUGGUGUGUUACGUACCUGUCUACCUACCUUAUUCCUGUAGCAAAUCCUUGUCAAUCAACGGGAGCAUCUUCUUUACAACCGACUUUUGCUGGAAACAGCCCAGUAUCCGUGACACAAACAGAGUCCCAGAGCGCGCUGACGUCUGAUACGUCGGUUAUAACUUCUGCUACAUCUUCAGAACCUCAAUCGGGCUCAGAAACAGGGUCAUUUGAUUCAACGACCGGAACUUUGACCGACCAAAUCACCACCUCAUCAGGAUCUAUCAUUAGCAGCGAUGCCCUCACUACCUCAACAGGCAUAAUCGAAUCACCAGGCCGCCCCGUGAUAUUCCUCAUCUCCGCUCCCAACACCUACAAACGACAAAACACAGACAAGGUUUCGUCGGAAACAACAACCCAUCAAUCUGCACCUUUGCUCAAAGUUUCAACCUCGCUGAAGAGCAGCUCUUCAUAG